AGUAAAGCAUAAAUAUCAACCGUCACAACAUGGCAAUCCUCAAACUCCGUCUCUCUUCACUUUAUAAAAUUUCCGAUUUCCAUGAAGGUUCCUUUGACGACGGUGAGUGCAAAAAACCAAGAUUUCCUUUCCUUUCUCUUCUCGCAUCUCAGCUUAUAUAAACCCAAACCCACCACCUGAUCACUUGAAUUUCGAGAACCCUUUUCUCCUCUUCCUUCCUUCCCUAGCUGUCUCUUCGUUCCAAGGUACAUGCACUACUAAUCAAGUCUUCCUUUUACUAGUUACGCGGUUCCACUCGUGGCUACUUUUACCUUUCCUUUUAUCAAUUCGCUCCCUUACAAAUAUUUAUGGAUAUCUAAGGAUUUUGAGGGAUAGAUAGAUUGGUGAUCAUGGAUCAAAAUUACACAGGACUCCAUGAUCGUUUCCAAAAUGAUUCCAAAUUUGAUGAAACGAUCAUGCUCCCAAAUUCAGAACAAUACCCAAAUAUCGAGUACGGACUUGAAUUCAAUAUCCCUUCUCCUGAUCUUAGCUUCAUGAAUCUUCCUUUCGACCCCCCUGAUACAGAUCCUGAUACUUUUGGUCUAUCCUUUAACUCGAGUCCAGGGGUAGAGUCAUUUGUCCCCUCGAUGAGUUUGAGCCCGGAUGGAAAGGCCCUUGGUUCCUCAUCGGCUUGGAGUCCCGAGGCAGAAGCCUCCUCUGCUUCUGAGGAUAGUGAUUCCUCUGACCCGCUUCUCAAGUACAUAAGCCAGAUGCUUAUGGAAGAGAACAUGGAGGAUCAGCCACACAUGUUUCAUGAUCACUUCGCUCUAAGCACCACUGAGAAGUCAUUGUAUGAUGUACUAGGUGAGCAGUAUCCUUCCUCCCUCGAUUCGCCCGAGUCUUAUGUCAACCUUGAGAGCCCUGACAGUAUUUUUUUGGCAAGUGGAAGUAAUUGUGGUGAUAAUACCAGCAAGAGCACAAGCACAGGCACUACCAGUGGUACUAUUGAUUCUGCUAAAGAAACUCAGUGGGUUGGUGGUGAUGUGGGAGGGAUGAAUCCAUCUUUUUCUAGAACCCCUCUUCCCGAUGAUAACCAUCUCCAGUCCAAUUUUCAGCCCAAUGUGCAAUUUACAGGGAAUCAGUCAAAUGGUUUCACCGACACAGGGGAUGGCCUUAUGGGUUCUUCUGCAGGUGAGAUGGUGCAGAAUAUGUUUAGCGAUGCGGAAUCUGUGUUGCAGUUCAAGAGAGGGUUAGAGGAAGCAAGCAAGUUCCUUCCUAUUGCCAGUCAACUGGUAAUUGAUUUGGAGACAAAUGCAGUUUCCUCAGGGCAAAAGGAAGAUGCUCCUAUAGUGGUGGUGAAGGAGGAGAAUUCUGAGAGGGAUAGCUCGCCUGAUGGGUCGAGGGGUAGGAAGAAUCAUGAGCGAGAGGAUCCAGAUUUAGAAGAAGGAAGGCGUAGUAAGCAGUCUGCGGUGCAUGUGGAAGAGAGUGAGCUAUCGGAGAUGUUUGAUAAGGUAUUGCUUUGGACUGGGGGACAAUGCUGUGGCGAUGAUGCUGUUCAGGAUGUAGCAAGCAAGAACUCGCAGCCAGAUGAACAAUCAAAUGGAUCCAGUGGUGGGAAAACCCGUGCUAAAAGGCAGAACAAAAAGAAGGAAACCGUGGAUCUGAGGACUCUCCUGAUCCUCUGUGCCCAAGCUGUCUCUGCCAAUGAUUUCAGGACUGCUAAUGAGCUACUGAAACAGAUUAGGCAGCACUCUUCACAAUUUGGUGAUGGGACACAGAGGUUGGCUCAUUUCUUCGCCAAUGGUCUUGAGGCACGCUUGGCUGGCAGUGGCGACGGAACCCGAAGUUUUUUCACCCAUCUUGCUUCAAAGAGGACAACAGCUGCUGAUAUGCUGAAAGCUUACAAAACCAAUCUUCAAGCCUGCCCCUUUAAGAAAUUUUCAAUUUUCUUUGCAAUCAGCAUGAUUUUGCAAGCUGCUGAGAAAGCAACUACUCUCCAUAUAGUAGAUUUUGGUGUCCUCUAUGGUUUUCAAUGGCCAAUUCUUAUCCAGCAACUCUCUCUCCUCCCUAAUGGCCCUCCGAAGCUACGCCUUACAGGAAUAGAGUUGCCCCAACAUGGUUUCAGGCCGUCAGAAAGAAUUGAGGAGACAGGACGUCGCUUGGCAAAGUAUUGUGAGCGCUUUAAGGUUCCAUUUGAAUACAAUCCCAUUGCCGCACAAAACUGGGAAAGAAUCCCAAUUGAGGACCUCAAGAUUAAUAGAAAUGAGGUGCUUGCUGUGCAUUGUCAAUGUCGGUUUAAGAAUCUAUUUGAUGAGACAGUUGAAGUGGACUGCCCAAAGAAUGCUAUUCUUAACUUAAUUCGGAAGAUGAAUCCUGAUAUUUUUGUUCAUACUAUUAUGAAUGGAUCAUACAAUGCUCCCUUCUUCCUCACACGGUUUCGGGAGGCACUAUUCCACUUCUCCUCACUAUUCGACAUGUUUGAUUCUACUUUACCACGGGAAGAUCAAGCGAGGAUAAUGUUUGAGGGAGAACUUUAUGGCCGGGAUGCAAUGAAUGUGGUAGCAUGUGAGGGUCAAGAAAGGGUCGAGAGGCCUGAGACAUACAAGCAAUGGCAGGCCCGGACUGUGAGGGCAGGGUUCAAGACUCUACCAUUGGACCAGAAGCUCAUGACAAAGUUUAGGGGUAAGUUGAAGACCUAUUACCACAAGGAUUUUGUAAUUGAUGAAGACAACGACUGGAUGCUGCAGGGUUGGAAGGGUCGAAUUAUUUAUGCUUCCUCUUGUUGGGUGCCUGCAUAGGAGUCUUGGACAGCAUUUGAACUUGGAACGGAGAGCUAUAAGUAUUUUCAAGAGCUGGACAGGAACGAAUAAUUUCAAAUCAGGCAAAGAUGAUCUAUGAUGCUACCUAGCUCGAGAGGAACCUUAUGGAGUUUUAGACUUGCAGUUGUAACUACUGAACCAUCACCAUCCUUUUAUAUAAUAUUAUAAAAAAUUCGAUGGUUGGUGGCUUGUUCAUCUUGGUCUGAAGCAUCACUUCUCAAAAGCCGGCGUGGAACUACACGAGUGAAUGUGCUUCUUUCAGUGAGCUUUUGGAACAAGCUUUAAGCCCUCUUAUGCUUAAAGGAUGUAAUUACACUACUGGAAACUAGUUUUUGUUGGGGAAUCUUGUAAUCAAGUCAUGUAGUUUUUGUGUAGAUGAUUUUCCGUCUUGGAGUGGUGAUCAAAAGGGUUUUGAGACCAUGUUCUUAUAUAUAAGUUGAUCUUGGUUCAGCUUUUCUCAAUAUGCAAUGAAUCAAUGGAAGUGGUUUUUUCAAUAA